CAAAGGUCCUGCGUGCCACUAGUCUCAGUCACCUGGAGUAGUGUGCCAGGACCCUGCAGGAGAGGACGCCGACCUUCCGUAGACAUGGCACUUACAAUACUGAAAUGUGUGCCGAAAAAUGCAACAGCCAGAUGGUGUCUGUACAGACGUCUAUAUAAUAGUAGCCAUGGAUUUAAUGAAACUGAAGCAAAGAAGAAGCUGGCUCAGUGGUCAGGAGGGUCCAUUAAUCUCUGCAAAGGAGAAAAUGGAAUAGCAGAGCUGUGCAUAAAUCAUCCAUCCCGGAAGAAUGCAAUUUCAGGAUCUAUGAUGCUAGAGUUGGAAGAACGGGUUAGUGAUCUGGAAAACUGGAAAGAAGGGAAAGGCCUCAUUGUUUAUGGUGCCGAGCAUACUUUCUGUUCUGGUGGAGACUUGCAUUCUGUUAAAGCUCUCUCCAGUCCUGAGGAUGGUCUUAUGAUGUGCAUGUUUAUGCAGAACACAUUGACAAGGCUUCAGAGGUUACCCCUCAUCAGUGUAGCCCUGGUACAAGGAAAAGCACUCGGGGGAGGAUCUGAGCUAUGCACGGCGUGUGACUUCAGGUUGAUGACUGAAGAAAGUGAAAUAAGAUUUGUCCACAAGCAUAUGGCAAUAGUUCCAGGCUGGGGUGGAGCAUCAAGAUUAAUUCAGCUCGUUGGAAGUAGACAAGCUCUUAAAUUAUUGAGCAGUGCUCUUGCAAUUCACCCUGAAUAUGCUUUACGCAUAGGACUGACUGAUGACAUUUUAUCUUCAGCUGCAGACAGAGCAUUGGAAGAAGCCAAGACGUGGUUAACGCCAUAUACUAAAGGGCCAGCCGAUACAACUAGGGCAAUAAAAAAAAUAGUUGCCUUUGGGAGAGAACACUUGUUCGAAGACACACUGAGGAAGGAAAAAGACAUAUUUGGAACAGUAUGGGGUAGUCCUGCCCAUUUACAGGCCUUGUCAAAAGCAAUGAAGCCAAAUUAGUUCUGCAUAAGGUGUUAUUAAACACUGUACAUAUUUUAAUAAUGUCUCCUUGAAGGGGAUCUCCAAGUUAUGCCAAAAUGUGGCCAAAGGCCGAGACUGUGAUGAUGUAUAAAAAUACACAUAAACAAA